GAGAGAGAAAGAAAGAAAGAAAGAAAGAAAGAAAGAAAGAAAGAAAGAGAGCGAGCACCUUAAUUUAACCUACCUUGACGGACCUUAACAACUAAAGCAACAACUCAACCACACCAAAUAAACGGCUGUACGAUCAUCAGAUCUAUUUAUAACCACUAAUUUACAUCAACAGUUCGAUGCUAUCGGUCAGCAUAGCAAACAACAGUAAAAAUUUAUUAUUUCUUCCUAAGGCCCUCGUAACAGAACCGCCCGAUGUACGAUAAUCGCAAAAGAAAAAAGAAAGAAAAAAAAACUUUCCUUAAGAUAUAGUUCUUAGAAACGGAUACAGUCUAGCAACGCCAUCGAGGAAGGCAAGGCAGCGGUAAAAACCUGUAGUUGGAAGUUAUUCCUAAUGCAGUGUUUUUUUCCUACAAUGCCUGGCCCGGCGUAAAGAAAGGACAGACAAGAAAAUAAUAAACUUGAAGAUAUAGCGAUCACAGCUAUUUUUCUCCUGCAAGAAUAUUCGUGGUGUUAAAACAUGGCGGAUGGAAGAGCACCAAAGAAAACGGCGUGGAAGAUGGUUUUAUGGGUGACUGUCUUCUGUUUAAAAGGAAACGUCAGCACGGCCGCCGUCACCGUCUUCAACCUCCACACUGAAGUCUCGCCUCUUACCAGCUUCACGUGGAUGCAGAAGUCAGUCGUCUUUCCUCCUGACAUCACCGACGUCACCGUCUGUUUCCACCUGCAGCUACAGAAGGUUCUGGCUAGCAACACCAUCCUGCUGGCUUACAGUGACGCCACGGCGGUCACAGUGGAAGGCCUGAACUACAAGUUGUACAAUCUCCGAGAAGUGAUCAGGCUGGCCAAACAGGUGGUUCCGUGGCAGUGGGUGUCCAUCUGCUCCUUCGUGGGCGAGACGUGCCAGCUGACAGUGGACGGAGAGACAGCACAGGAGAUCGAGACGGGGAAGAAACUGAAAUUGGAUCUGACGAUUCCGUACAACAUCACCGUGGGGAUCCCUGACUAUUACUACGAAGACCGGUCGAUGGCCAUUCCUCUCGUUGGAAAAGUCACUCUGCCCAAAAUUUAUCCCUGGAAACUCAGCAAUGACGAGGUGCUCUCCCACGCCAAGUGCGAAGAGGUGGCGGGUGAAGACCUGAGUCUUGGCGAGUGGCAGGUGAUGAAAGAAGGUCAGCUGAUCGUCGGCGUCGUUAACUACACUCUCAACGGCACUGAGUAUUUUCCCGUCGACGGUUCGAAGACUGCUGGCUUCCAGAUAUCCCAGGCAGAGGAAGAGGACCUGUGCAUCCCCCGCCUACAGCACAGGUACCUGGCGCUGAGUGGCGUGAGGAUGAACUACUGGGAGAUGCGAGACUACUGCAAGACAUACCGGGGUCAGCUGCCCAGUGUGUCUGACCCGCGGGCUUUGCAGGUCGUGGAAAAGAUGGCGGCCGAAAUGAACUUGACGAUGGCCGGCACUUGGGCAAAGGAGGAAUGCAUCUUUCUGUUUGUGAAUGCCGGAAAGAACGUUAGUUUUCCUUACAGCUGUACAGAGAGAGCCUCGAUAUUCAUGUGCAAGACACCACUAAACCUGACUUUCGAGCUCCGCGUGGCAAAGGACGCCGACACCUUCUACCUCAUCCCCCACCAGAAACGGCCCAGGUAUUUGUCUCUCUUCGGCAGCGUCAUCACGGAAGAAGGAAACGAAGGAGAGCGGAACCUGAGUCUCGUAGACGUGAGAGGGGAGGUGGUAGCGACCGCCGUGUUCAGGGGACUCCUACCCGUCGGUCGUUUCGAGUGGUCGUUAGGGCAUUCAGGAAGCAGGAACAUGACCUUAACUGCUUGUGCGAAGGAUCAGUUCACGUGUUCGAAUGGCCUAUGCAUACCUCUGGAGAACCGCUGUGACGGCCUGGAGGAUUGCAGUGACAGCAGUGACGAAAUCUGCUCACUGCUCUUGCCACUGCCUGACACAUACCAACGUCGCCGUCCUCACCAGUUCUUCACUGACCUGAAUUUGACCUUGUCUUUGAUGGAGGUCUUGGAGGUGGAUGUCUACGGCAGUAUAUUGAAGGCUAAGAUGAAGCUCGGAACCAGCUGGCAGGACAAGCGAAUCCUCCUGUUCCAAAUGAGCCGGAUUCCCUCCGACAACGCCCUGGACAAGGACGUUCUGUGGACGCCGACGACCACCCUCCUCAACGCCGUCUUCGAGGACGAAAUGUCCCACCUGACGGGCGAAGGGAAACUCACUGCCUUGCGGGCUCAUCGGGACGGGCCAGGGACUGCAGUGACGCGCAGUGCCUUCGAAGGCUACGAGUACAGCGGCGGCAGCAGCGCCCACCUCGAACUGAUCGAGGUGUUCGAAGCUUCGUUCAAGUGUCACUUCAAGCUCAAUCUGUUCCCCUUCGAUAUCCACGUGUGUGCGGCUAACAUCUCGCUCAUGCAGUUUAGCAAGUCCUUUCGGGGGGUGUAUCGUUAUGUGAAUGUCUCGGGAACACCACAGACACCGGAACUGCCUCUCUUCACGCCUUCCAGAGUGUGUUAUUCUCCAGAGUUUGAUGAGAAUGGAAAUGUAACGACGAUUUCCUUCAAGGUCCUGCUUCAAAGACGCUACGGUUCAUACAUCUUCACGACAUUUGGCCCUUGUCUUGUGCUCACUCUCAUAGGAUAUUUGACGCUCUUCUUUGGCGUCGAUAACUUCAGCGACCGCAUCAUGGUGACCCUCUCGUGCCUGAUCGUGGUGGCAGCUCUUUUCGCCCAGAUCGCCACCACCACGCCCUUUUCAGCUUGCCCCAAGGCCAUCGACAUGAUCUUCCUCGCGAUCAUCAUUCGCUUGUUCUUCGUCGUUCUCCACCACUCGAUCUACUACCUCCUUCGGGUCUACGUGCAGAAGUGCGAGGAGAGGAGAACCCGUGAGCCCGUUAAGCCUCUCACCGUUCAGAAGUGGGUGGACGUCUCGGCAGAUCUUCCGCCCGUUUACACGCCUCCGGACGUCAAACUUCGCAAAAUGCCUUGGAAGUUGGACGAGGAGGACGAGGAUCGAAAGACCCAGAGGAAGAACAGCAAAUGUCUCUCGAGUUGUGACAAGAUCUUCAAUGUUCUGGGUAUCGUUGUGGGACUUCUGUGGGACGUGUUGUGGGUCUCCCUCUUCUAUUUCUUUGUUCUGAUGGAGAGGAACCACAUUCUUCAGGAUUUCGAGAAGUGUCUGGCUGAGGCUAACCCUUGAUAAUACAUGAUCGUUAUUUAAAGAUGUGAUAGAUCAAUUUAGAGUUUUUGGAAGUUUUUGAGG